AAAACGGCGUGGGGGAAUUGGGAAGCGUGCCAUUUAAUCGUCUCUGUAUCUCAUCCUCCAUACUUAUCGAUCAAGUCAUCUCUCCCCAUCUCUCUCCUUAUCUAUCCUCCAUUUCUCCAGAACCAGACCCGAUUCGUAGCUACAGAUCUCCCGCAAUUUCUUCAAUUUUCUUCGGAAAUGGCGAGCCAGCUGAAAUCGGAAGCGAUCAUGGACAUGAUGAAGGAGCAUCUCUCCACCGACGCCGGCAAGGAACUCACCAAGAAGAUUGGACUCGUCUACCAAUUCAACAUCGCUCCCAAGAAAUUAGGGUUCGACGAGGUUACUUACAGCGUCGAUCUCAAGAAAGGCGAAGUUACCAAAGGGAAAUUCGAAGGAGGAAAAGUUGAUGCUACGUUUUCAUUCAAGGAUGAUGACUUUGUCAAGGUUGCAACAGGGAAGAUGAAUCCCCAGAUUGCUUUCAUCAGAGGCGCGAUGAAGAUAAAGGGUAGUCUCAGCGCGGCGCAGAAAUUCACACCCGACAUCUUCCCUAAGCCUUCCAAGUUAUGAACACAGAAAGACUGCCCCUUUUGAUUUCAUAGCCAUGGUUUAGUUUAAUGUUGUCUACAAAGGUGGUGGUCUCAGUUCAGUUAAAGCGGUACAAAUAAGAACAAGACUUAAUUCUUAAAAAAAAAAAUCCACACCACCCAAAUCCAGUGGAUUCAAGGGUGAUGGAAAUAGUUCUUGUCUCCAUCUACUUGCUAUAUAAAUAAUGGUAUUCUCAUUAUGCAGAAAAUAAAGAUUUAUAUUCUUCUACAUUCUACA